AGUCUAUAUAAGCUCUGAUAUAGGCCACAAAGUGCACUUACUCGAGUAACACCGACCUAUACUAUUAUCAACGGCCUCUGUUCGCCUCACUCCAGCGACAAUGAGUAACGAAGAAUUCCCGCACCUUCCCACCUUCGAUCCUUCAGAUUCGCAAACGUACUCUGCCAUUUGUCACUGCGGUACCGUUCAGUACACCGUAACGCUCUCCCCUCCUCUUGCCAAACAGAAGGUCGUCGAGUGUAACUGCUCCAUUUGUUCUCGAAAUGGUUACCUACUAGUGUAUCCGCUACGCGAACAGGUGGACAUAAAGAGCGGUGAAGAGGCGCUGAAGUCGUACUCGUUCGGUAUCAAGAGGAACCGGCAUCUGUUCUGUGGUAGGUGUGGGAGCUCGGUGUUCUUCGAUCCGAGAAUGCCGGAGUUUGGAGAAAGUCCAGAUAUAUUUCCAGUCAACGUGCGCAUGUUCAAGGAUGUGAAUCUCAAGGAGCUGCAGAUUGUGCAUUGGGAUGGAUUGAAUAAGUCGCGGUUUGUUGACUCGGAGCAUCUGCAAUAAGGAAGGCAACAAGAGACAUCAUUUGUAUUAUCUGAAGCAGCUCAUGAAUUUCGAAUGGAAUUCAGUGUUUGAGGGAGAAAACAUGGUUGGUGUAAAGUACGGUGCUCAAUGCCAAGAAUCACGAGCCUCGGUCAUGAAGGCCCACCUCCGAUCAAGCCUC